CCUCCUCCUCCUCCCCCCCCCCUCCUGCUCCUUGCCUCCCGCUACCCUUCUCUUGUCGUGUUCCUGCCCGCCUGAUCGCCGCCCCUCGAUCCCCCGCCCCCACCACCCACCCUCCACCUCCUCUGCGCGCGCGAGCAAGAGAGACCUUCGCCUGCCAGCAUGGACGGACCGGGCACCAGCGACACUGUCGCCCCUCUCGUGGAUCAGGGUGCCGCCACCAUCUCCCCGGUUGAUGCGACGGGACCCGGGCUCCCUACGCCGGCCAGCCCCGGUGCCGACCUCACUGACAGUGCUGGCGGCAACCUCGAGACAAAGGAGCCCCCAAGCAUGACCGAGGCCGGCGACGGCGGCGACGGCGGCGACGAUGACGACGAUGGCUACGACUCGGAUGCGCCGCUUGAGCGCACCGAGUCCAUAGCCGUCUUCAAUCCGCUCAUCCUCCAGCGCAUGUCACGCCCAUCGUCGGUCCUGCUAACCAAUCCCCCCGCCCUGCCGGAUGGCAUGGGCAGCAUGCCGGGCUCCCCCGCUGGCGGUGGCAGCGAGGCCGGCGCCCCGGAGCCAGCCUCCCGGCUGCCCAACUCGUCCUCCAUCAACGCCCUGUUGUCGGCGGCCGCCGGGCUGCCCCCCCCCGGCGCCGGGACCCACUCGGCCCGGUCGUCCAUCCACUCGCUCAGCUCGCUGCACUCCUUCCACUCGGGCCACAGCGAGCUGGUGGACACCACUGGCGGCGAUCCCCGGCUGGCGGCGAUCCCCGGCGGCCCGGGUUUCGGCAGCGCGGCCCUCCGCGUGGCCGACCCCGACACGUACCAGCACUACUCCUCCAUCGGCCAGCCGGCCGCCGAUCCCGGGCUGCCGGCCGGCCUGGGUGCCGAUUCGCCGAUCGCCGGCGACGAGGAUGACGAAGGUGCCGAUGAUGAUGACGAGCAUGUCACCCAGGCGGUCAAUCCGCUGGCCCUGCUCCGGAUGUACUCGGCCGGGGCUGGCGGUGCGGCCGGGGCCGCCGGGGCUGGCGGCUUCCGUGCCGAGGCUGGCGCCUCUUCCAAUCCCUCCCAGGCCUUGGCCAAUCUCAUCACCAAGUCGCAGAUGACCCCGCCGCCUCCGCCGCCCGCGUCGGCCAAGAAGCGCGCUCUGCUCUACUCCGUCCCCACGGUCCCCACGCAUGAUGAGGAGCCCGAUGCUGGGCUGUCCGAUUCCGAGGACCGGCACCAGCCGCUCGGGGUCUCGCUCAAUGCCGACCCGGCCAUUCCGGUGGACGCUGGCGAUGAGGCCUCCCCGGCCUCCGACACCCUCAUGGACAUGUACCUGCGCCACCAGAGCACCGCGCCGGUGAAGCACCCGCACGCGUAUGCGCUGGACAUGUGGGAGGGCCGGGUGAGCCGCACCGAGAUCGGUCUCUUCCUCGGCCGGGCGAAGGACUAUAAUUCGCUGGUGCUGCUGCACUACACGGAGUUCUUCGACUUCUCGUCGCUCUCGCUGGACCAGGCCCUCCGUCUUUUCCUCAGCAAAUUCCGCCUGGCCGGAGAGUCGCAAGAGAUCGACCGUGUCAUGGCCGCAUUCUCAUACCAGUAUUUCAAGCAGGCCGGAAAGGCCCAGGGUUGGCAGUCUUCCGACACCGUGCACACUGUGGUCAGCUCACUGCUGCUGUUGAAUACCGAUCUGCACAACAAGAUUGUCGACAAGAAGAUGACCAGUCGGCAGUUUGUCGACAACACCCUGGUGGCCCUGCGUCUGUCAUCGACUCCCACGCAGAAGGCCGGCGUGGCCGGGCUGGCAGCCCUGUCCCGGAUGCCCGACCGCCGGUCACAGAAGUCCACCGAUGACCUCCUUUCGCGGCCCAUCACCGACGAGGAGAAGUCCCAGGGCAUCCAGGGCGUCACGGGGUCCAUGCUGAAGGAGCUCUACAAGUCCAUUAAGAGCAAUCAGAUCAAGGUGGUUAGCGACUCGCCGCCCCCGUCGUCCCCCUCGUCGGCGCAGUCGACCCUGAGCAAGAAGUCCGGCGCGGCGGCCGCCGGGGCCGCUGUCCCUGACGAUCGGUCAUCCAUCCACUCGACGCAAAGCCGGCGCGGAGGCACCAGCAAGCGCAUGAGUCUCUUCUCGGCUUUCAGUGCCCCGACGCCGGAGGAGGAGGACCCGGCCGCUCCGCCGCGGGUGCUCCUAUCGCGCAAGUCUACCAUCCGCAAGGCCCUGGAGAACAUUUCUGAAGUCCCGAUCUACUCCGAUCCGCCCAUCAUCGAGGGGCUGCUCUUGAUGAAGCCCGUCCUCUCGGGCCCGGGGGUCCGCGCGGCCAACCGCCAAUGGCGCACGGUCUUUGUUCGCGUCAUCGGUUUUGUGGUAUACAUCUUCCGCGCCCAUGGGAUCACCAUCCAGGAAAACAACUCCGGCGAUCUGAGCUCGCGCCUCUUCACCGAGAUGCUCACCCUUCACAGCUUGAGCCGGCCCAUCAAGUACAAGACCUAUGAGCACAUCUUCGAGUUUGCCACUGCCGAUGGCCAGGUGCACUACUUCGAUACCGCCGAUCGGCACUCCCUCACCAUGUGGGUCCUCUGCCUGAACCGCAUGGCGGCCCAGUACUCGGCACAGCCACUCCCGCCGCCGGUGGGGUCGGAAGCCGGCCAGUACCAUCCGCCGCUUUUGCCGAUGACCCUGUCGCCGCAUGCCAAGCGCCGGCCGGACCAGGUCAAGUACCUGGCCACCAUCUGCAGUGGAGCGCGCGGGCACUUGCGCCGGGCCGAGGACCAGUGGCGUACCCUGGUCAAGGAGGCCGGCGGGGACAUCCCGGUGUCCAGCGCGCCGGAGGCUCUGCUGUUGCCGAGUCCCCGGGCUCUCGGCGUUUCGGCCAUCUACCCGGCCCCCGCGUCGGGGUCGGACCCGGCUCCGGGCGUGGCCGCGGGCCCCUAUUCGCCGGGGAGCUCGCCGGCGGCCGGCGGCUCGGCCAAGCCCGAGCGUGGGAGCGCCGAGUCCGGCCUCCUUGAAGCCCCAACGGCCCUGUUCCCCCCGAUGGCCAAUGGCAGCGCCGAGCCGCUGCGAUUCCACUACGACCACCAGUCGCUGGAUGUCGAUGGCGAUCCACUUUUCACGAUGGAGCACGCGUUCACCGGCCUGCCGCCCAAAGUGCAGGAGGCCAUCGACCCGCGUGUGUUCCGCCAUCAUCAGGCCCGGUGGCUGGAUCGGCGCCGCGAGUCCGACAAGUACUUCAUCUACCUGGAGUCCUUGACCGCCCCGCUGCGCGUGACGGCCCAGCUGGCCAGCGGCGCGGGCUCCCCCGCGGCUGGCAACUCCUCGCCGGCGGUGUCCAGCCCCUCGGCCACGGAUUCCCUGUCGUCGGUCGGCAACUAGCAUGUCACGUUUCCCGUUGCCAUCCCUCGCCCUCCCUUCCUCUCUCUCUCUCUC